AUGUUGGCAGUGGUGACCUUCACGGUGGCGAUUUGCUCCGAAGGACUCGUCGAUAGUGUUGAGGGGAUCACCCAAAACAUGGGAAUUUCCGAGCACUUCAUCGGCGUGAUUCUGCUCCCCAUCGUGGGAAACGCGGCGGAACAUCUCACAGCUGUGGACGUGGCUCUGAAGAACAAGAUGGACCUUUCGCUGGGCGUUGCUCUGGGUUCGUCCUCGCAGAUUGCUUUGUUGGUGGUGCCCUUCAGCGUGUGCGCUGGCUGGGCCAUUGGUGUACCCAUGGAUCUGAAUUUUCGACCCCUGGGCACGGGCAUCCUGCUGGUCACAGUCCUCAUAGUGGGGAGCGUCACCAGUGACGGCGAGUCCAAUUGGCUCGAAGGAGCCAUGUUGAUUGCAGCCUAUGUCAUGGUGGGUCUCACGUUUUGGACCAUGUAA